AGUCCCAUCUCUAGGCCACUUGAACAAUGGCAGCAGCCUCGGAGGUGAGCGGCGAGCACGCAGAGGACAAAACAGGGAAACACCUGUAUGGAUUAUUUCACUAUAACUCCAUGAUGCUUAGACUGGAAUCCCUCCCAGACCCCAUGGACACCUGGGAGAUUAGAGAGACCAUUGGCAAAGGCACUUACGGCAAGGUCUACAAGGUAGCCAACAGAAGAGACGGGAGUCUGGCUGCCGUGAAGAUUCUGGACUCCGUCAAUGACGUGGAUGAGGAGGUGGAGGCUGAAUACAACAUUCUGCAGUUUCUCCCCAGCCAUCCCAAUGUUGUAAAGUUUUAUGGGAUGUUUUACAAAGCUGAUCGCUGUGUGGGAGGGCAGCUGUGGCUGGUUCUGGAGCUGUGUAAUGGGGGCUCCGUCACUGAGCUUGUCAAGGGCCUCCUGAGGUGUGGUAAGCGGCUGGAUGAAGCUCUGAUCUCCUACAUUCUGUAUGGAUCCCUCUUGGGCCUUCAGCACUUGCACCAUCACCGAAUCAUCCACCGAGAUGUGAAGGGGAAUAACAUUCUUCUGACGACAGAAGGAGGAGUUAAGCUCGUUGACUUUGGUGUCUCUGCUCAACUUACAAGCACACGGCUACGGAGAAACACAUCGGUUGGGACCCCAUUCUGGAUGGCUCCAGAGGUCAUUGCUUGUGAGCAGCAGUAUGACUCGUCCUAUGACGCUCGCUGUGACGUCUGGUCCUUGGGCAUCACAGCCAUCGAGCUGGGCGAUGGAGACCCUCCCCUCUUUGAAAUGCAUCCUGUGAAGAUGCUCUUUAAGAUCCCAAGAAACCCUCCACCCACUUUGCUGCACCCGGACAACUGGUGUGAGGAGUUUAACCACUUCAUUUCACAGUGUCUUAUUAAAGAUUUUGAAAAGCGGCCUUCGGUCACCCAUCUCCUGGAUCACCCAUUCAUUAAAGGAACUCAAGGCAAGGUUUUGUUUCUUCAAAAACAGCUGGCCAAGGUGCUCUGGGACCAGAAGCAUCAAAACCCUGUUGCUAAAACCAGGCAUGAAAGGAUGCAUACUGGAAGACCCCAUCAUGUGGAGGAUGCUGGUAAAUGCUGCCUUGAGGAUGACUUGGUCAAUCUUGAGGUCCUGGACGAGGAUACGAUUAUCUACUGGCUGCAGAAGCGAUAUGCAGAUGCGCUGAUCUACACCUAUGUGGGAGAUAUUCUGAUUGCCUUAAACCCCUUCCAGAAUCUAAGCAUAUACUCUCCACAGUUUUCCAGGCUUUACCACGGGGUGAAGCGUUCCUCAAAUCCCCCCCACAUAUUCGCAUCAGCAGAUAAUGCUUACCAGUGUUUAGUUACCUUCAGCAAAGACCAGUGCAUUGUCAUCAGUGGGGAAAGCGGAUCCGGGAAGACGGAAAACGCCCAUCUGAUCGUCCAGCACCUCACUUUCUUAGGAAAGGCCAACAAUCAGACCUUACGCCAGAAGAUUCUCCAAGUAAACUCCCUGGUGGAAGCCUUUGGGAACGCCCGCACAGCCAUCAACGAUAACUCCAGCCGCUUCGGGAAAUAUCUGGAAAUGAUGUUCACACCAACGGGAGCUGUCAUGGGGGCGAGAAUCUCCGAGUAUCUCCUUGAAAAAUCCAGAGUUAUACAGCAGGCAGCGGGAGAGAAAAAUUUUCACAUAUUUUAUUAUAUUUAUGCUGGUCUUUAUCACCAAAAGAAACUUGCUGAAUUCAGACUUCCUGAGGAAAAGCCUCCUAGAUAUAUAGCUGCUGAGACGGAAAGAGUCACGCAGGACAUCACGUCCAAAGAGUCUUACCGGAGACAGUUUGACGUGAUUCAGCAUUGCUUCAGGAUUAUCGGAUUCACUGACAAGGAGGUACACUCCGUGUACAGAAUUCUGGCUGGGAUUUUGAACAUCGGCAACAUUGAGUUUGCAGCUAUUUCCUCUCAACACCAGACUGAUAAAAGUGAGGUUCCCAAUCCCGAAGCUUUGGAAAACGCUGCCUCCGUGCUCUGCAUCAACUCUGAAGAGCUUCAGGAGGCCCUCACGUCCCACUGUGUGGUCACAAGAGGCGAGACCAUUGUCCGAGCCAACACAGUGGACAGGGCUGAAGAUGUCAGGGACGCCAUGUCUAAGGCCCUCUAUGGAAGGCUGUUCAGCUGGAUUGUGAAUCGAAUCAACACACUCCUGCAGCCAGAUAAAAACAUAUGUAGUGCAGAGGACAGGAUGAAUGUGGGCAUCCUGGACAUUUUUGGCUUUGAGGAUUUCCAGAGGAAUUCCUUUGAACAGCUCUGCAUAAAUAUCGCCAACGAACAGGUCCAGUUCUACUUCAAUCAGCACGUGUUCGCUCUUGAGCAGAUGGAGUAUAAAAAGGAAGGCGUCGAUGCUGUCCUCGUGCAGUACGAAGACAAUCGCCCACUCCUGGACAUGUUCCUGCAAAAACCCUUGGGCCUUCUAGCACUUUUGGAUGAGGAAAGUCGAUUUCCCCAAGGAACAGACCAGACUUUGGUUGAUAAAUUUGAAGACAACCUACGAUGCAAGUUCUUCUGGAGGCCCAAAGGAGUGGAACUCUCUUUCGGCAUUCAGCACUAUGCUGGACCGGUGCUGUACGAUGCUUCUGGGGUUCUUGAGAAAAACAGAGACACCCUCCCUGCUGAUGUGGUGGUAGUCCUGAGGACAUCUGAGAACAAGCUCCUUCAGCAACUGUUCUCAAUUCCUUUGACCAAAACAGGUAAUUUGGCACAAACGAGAGCUAGGAUCACAGCCUCCUCGAGAUCUUUGCCUCCACAUUUCAGUGCUGGGAGGGCUAAGGUAGACACCCUGGAGGUGAUUCGACAUCCAGAAGAAACCACCAACAUGAAGAGACAAACCAUGGCUUCUUACUUCCGGUAUUCUCUGAUGGAUCUGCUCUCCAAAAUGGUGGUUGGACAGCCCCAUUUCGUUCGUUGCAUUAAGCCUAAUGACGACCGCAAGGCCCUGCAAUUCUCCCAAGACAGAGUCUUGGCCCAGCUUCGCUCCACAGGGAUCCUGGAGACUGUCAGCAUCCGCAGGCAGGGCUACUCCCAUCGCAUCCUUUUCGAAGAGUUUGUAAGACGGUAUUAUUACUUGGCAUUCCGAGCACAUCAAACACCUCCAGCUAACAAAGAGAGCUGUGUUGCUAUCUUGGAAAAGUCCAGAUUAGAUCACUGGGUCCUGGGAAAAACAAAGGUUUUUCUCAAAUAUUACCACAUCGAGCAGUUGAAUUUGCUUCUUCGGGAAGUUAUGGGCCGAGUGGUCAUGCUACAGGCAUAUACCAAGGGUUGGCUCGGAGCGAGGAGAUACAAGAGAGCCAAAGAGAAGAGAGAGAAGAGCGCCAUAACCAUCCAGUCAGCCUGGAGAGGAUAUGAUACUCGGAGGAAAUUUAAGCAAACAAGGCACAGGAGGAACGAGUCUGCAGCUCACACUCAAGCAGUUCUCCAAACCACUCCUGAUGAGAAACGCUUUCCAGAUUCAGGAGUAGAAUCCAACAGCAGACAUGAAGAGACUUCAAGGAACUGUCCUGCUGAAGCUGACACAGACUGGCAUCCACAAACCCAGAGUUCCCCAGCCAGCAGUGAUGUCACCUCGGGACAUGCAGAUAAGGAAGCCGGGAAUGCUGUUGCUGAGCUCUCAGUUGCUGGAACCGAUGGGUCACCAUCUCGGGUGUGUCACACUGCCACAGCUCACCACAGACUGAGCCCCUGCGAAGUCUCUCUCAAACCAGGUUCAGAAGAAGGUCUCUCACAGAAGCAGCGAGCACCUCGCAGACGGUGUCAGCAGCCCAAAAUGUUGAGUAGCCCCGAGGACACCAUGUACUAUAACCAGCUAAACGGAACUCUAGAAUAUCAAGGGAGCCAGAGGAAGCCAAGAAAACUUGGACAAAUCAAAGUGCUGGAUGGGGAAGACCAAUAUUACAAAUGCCUGUCUCCUGGGGCCUGUGCCCCUGAGGAAACCCACUCGGCCCACUCUUUCUUCUUCUCCUUGCCCCCCGGAGAAGACUCCUUUGCUCAACACUGAGUUGCCUUUUCCAGCCCCAGUGUGCCCCAGGUAAAAGCCACCAUGGUAACUGAUCUGAUAAGAAGAAGGCACUGUCCUGGGGUCAGCUUCUUUGGACACAAUCUGUGCCGUGAACCUUGAUGAACAACUCUCAGAUUCCUGAAGAUUCUGUCUCUUGCUCCCCUUCACCUGCCCUGCAUCCUGAGUCACAGAACCGCUCUCUCUGUUCUCUUCAUCCCUUGAGAACACCUUUGCCAAGGUAAUUCAGUCCUUUAGGUUCCUGACAGCUAAGAAGAGAGCGGACACAUCCACCACGGGCCAUUUGUGAAAUCUAAUAGUUGUCUAUUUUUCCCACCAAGUGGAAUCCAGCAAUCUCCUUUCUACCCUUCUCUACCACCCCCUCCCCCAACACACACACACACACACACACACACACACACACACACACACACUUUCCUAGACUUUGUUACAUCUACUUCCUCCUGGGUCAGGGUUUUGUUGCUGAGGAUAUAGUUUCCAUGAUUUCUGCUUAGAAACAAAAGUCAACAUCUUUCAGAUGCUUUCUGCAUGGUGAAAUGAAUGGCUCUGUUGGACAUUGUUCCACUGAGAGAGUCUUCGGCUGAUUGUUCUAGCUUGCCAAGAGAACCCAGUCAUUCCAGCGAUGAAAAUUAGGAGACUUGGGGGGCCUGUCAAGUGCAGGCCACCUGAUUUUGUAUCUGCAUUCCCUGGCCAGCUGUCUCCACGGAUGUGAGAAAUGGCAGAAGAGAGACCUCAUCUGUCCAUCUCUGUGUUUCUCAGACCUAGCUCGGGGCCUCGGAGAGUGGAUACCUGGGCAUAAACAGGAACGGAGAGAUUGCAUUUAUUUACAUCAGCAUGGCUGGCAUGAAGUUACGUUCAGUUAUAAGUGGUAUAUGAGUGACCACUUUUCUCACAGAUAAGUCCUGAUGCUUUGUUCAAGGUUGAGCUGCUCCUAUUUAAUGACAUUAUCCAAUGUCAUACACAGUACAGUUCAGUACAAGCAGUUUUUUGAAGCCCAUACCUCAAAAAAGGUAUGGGAGGUUGCUGUGAAAAUGAGCCCAUUCAUAAUAUUAUUCUUUCUCUGAAAUACUUUGUCAAUUUUAGAAAAAUAGUUUAAAAUAUAAAAAAAUAUUGUCAGUUUUUUUUUUAAAAAUAAAAUAAAAUGGAGGGCACUAGUAAAUAUACUCUGAACAGAAACAAUUCAGUGAGGUUGGAGUGCUAACUUUUCCCACGGAGCUGGGAACCAAUCGCUAACACAGCAAAUAAGACAACAGUGACAGACAGAAGAAUCCUCCCAUGUCUGGCCUGCUCAAGCUGUGGGUUUAACUAGGCUUCCUGUGGCAGGAAGGAUGAAACAGAAGUCUGGGUUCAGUUCCCAGCACCCACAUGUCAGCUCACAAAGAUGUGUAACUCCAGUUCCAGGAGAACUAAUACACUCCUCUGAACAAGGCACACACACACAUACAUUCAUACAUACAUACAUACAUACAUACAUACAUACAUACAUGCAUGCAUGCAUACAUGAGAGCAUAUACAUACAUGUGAGCAAGACACUCACACAUAUAUAAUAAAAUAAAUAAAUCUAUGAUGAAAAUAACAGGGGGCUACAGAGAGAAGCAGGGCUAUAAGACUGCUUACAGAGGCACGGGCAGCUACACCACCAGGGAAUAGCUCUUCCCACAGCAUCAGCUAACCCCUCAGGGAGCGUGUAUACAAAGCUUUGCACACCUUUCCCCCUUCCACAAGAAAAAUGUUAGUGAGCCCAGUCUUGCCCUGACUUCAAGAGGACAGUGGCAACACUAUGCCCAGAGGACAGAGUUCCACAACAGAGACAUUUAAAGAGCUCAGAAAUGAUAACCUUAUAAAAAAAACAGUUAUAGACAAUUUUAGUAGAUAAAUUGUGCUUUUUUUUUUUUUACGAUAAGUCUUGGGUUUUUCCAGCUCUUCAUUGAAAAGGUAAUGUUUCUAUGGUAUGAGAAUAAAGCAGACAAAACAAAAUUAACUGAGCUGCUUAAGAAAUAAUGCUUAGGGUAAUUCUGUGAUCGAGUACUUGCAUGUGCAGGGUUUAAUCCCCGGAACAAAAAAGACGAAGAGAUGGGAGGGAGAGAAAAAGACUAGAAUGUACAGAUUUUUCUCUGAGUGCCUUCGGAAAUUCCACUUUUACUAUUAAUUAAUCUCCUUUGAUCAAACUUUUUCAAACUGUUGAUAAAAAUAUUCAUAACUUCUGUGUGUCCACAUACAAUGUAAUCGUAAGUCUGUCUUGUUUCUUUCUCUCUAAAAUGUCUUAUGAAUAAAGGUUUAAAAAAGAAAUAAAGAAAAAAUUAUUAAAUCC